AUGAAUAAACUCAAGUUUAAGAAAACGAAAAGUGAAAUUGAAGAGGACGAAAUUAAUAACCUAAAAAAGACUUACAAGAAAAGAAUAUUCGUUAGUCCACCAAGGUAUGCAGAAUUUGAUGAGCCAAUAACUCCCCCAAGAAAGGCAUGCAAACGUGAUGAGGACGAGGAAUUUAUAAGUAAAUUAGCUGAUAUUGCGGACGAGGAUGCCGAAUUUGAAGCCUAUAUACCACAUAGAUGGCAGCACCAAUACUUUGAUUCAUACAGCGAUAACGAUUUAGAUGACGAAGAGAGUUAUGCGGAGAGAAUCAGAGCUGGUAUGUGGCAAAGAUACCAUCCGAAAGAAGCUGAACAAGAUAGGGAAUCAAGAAGAUCGAGACAGUCAUCCGCUGGCAAGCAUAAGAAAGCUAAACAAGCGGCUAAAGAACAGAUUCAAAGUGAACUAAAGGAGAGCGCCAUAAAACAAUCAAAGAAAGAAGCAGAAGAUAUAGAGAAUUAUAGGAUAUCAUUCAGGCGCUUCUGGUUGGACACCCCUGAUGAAAUCACUAUCAAGAACAUCAAAUACCCUUCGAUUGACAAGGAUAUCUCAAGCGAGAGUAUCACGAAAUUCCUCCAACUAGACAUCAUCAGCUCAUCUGAACAGAGGAAGCUUAUACGGGAUCUCAUGCGUAUCUUCCAUCCUGAUAAAUUCGUCGGUAAAUAUAAAGACAAGAUACCCUCGGCGGAAUUUGAUCGGAUACAUCAAAACGUUGAAUUCAUAGCAAGGAUACUGACUCAUUUGUUGUAAUUUUUAUAAAUAACUAAUGUACUUUUAUCAGUAAUAUAUCAUACG